CCGUUCCGCCGUUCCGAUUUGGAAAGGUGGAACACACGUGUGAUUUGAGUAGCUCUCUCCCCUGUUCUCAAUCGCUAGCAAACCCGUAUACGCACGCGGACUCGGUUUCGCCGACUCGCGUUCCGGCCUAAAAGCUAUCGACCUGGCACACGCGAAGUCAUUCGAACCAGAGACUUGCCACUGACUUAUCCAAAAAAGGUCUUCGGCUGCGCUUUUCCUCCUUCCGUAGCACUCUCUCGGCAGCCUUCCACCGCACUGUUUCCGAGUUCCCAAAGUGCAGCUCGGCGGUUGCCACUCCGGCCCAGACCUCGACGCGUUUUUUCGCAUCUGCUAGCCCGCUUCCGUUGCAAAGUCACUGCGAGAGUCUCUCGCGGGAAAGGUGUACAGUUUCAUUUGUUACUCGGCGGCGCCCGCCUUGGUCGCUCUACUGCGACUCUUUUCCCUGGCUCGGUGCGCAAGUUCCUUCUGGAUUUGUUCGCGUAUCGAAUCCGCUUCUCGUCCACCUUUUCGCCAACUUGGUCCAUUUCUUCGUCGUUUCCGUCGCUCGUUCCGCUCCUGCGGACAGAAACAGCUGUUUCCACGCUCCCUUCUUGACACGCUUAUCAAUCCAUGAAAACGCAGGUGGCUCGCUGCCGAACGCUCGUGAAUGUUGCACGCUGCACAGUGGAAACACUUCGCGCGUCGACGUGGGGACUUGAGGUAAACCGCACAACCUGUAGUGAUGCUCACCUGUGCAUCUGAGUGCCAGGAAAGUCCGAGGCUUCGCCGCGAGCAGAGAGUGACUUCGUGUUUCGGAGCGAAGUGGAUUUUUCAGAGGCCUCUAGAUCGCCCACUCUCGAGUCGGCAAGUCUGGUUCUCGGACUUGGUUCUCCCAGCGGCGUCUCUCAGACGAAAAUGCUUUUGCCUCCGUGCCCCUGAGGCCGAUGGUGCCGUCUCAGCCGUUGCGGCGUCCGUGACUUAAACGGCUUUUUCUCUUUCGAGUUCACGCGGGACCAGGCGCUUUUUGCCCAGCUUUUUUGGGUCGAGGAUUUGUGACACCCUUCUCUCUUUCUCUACGAAGACCGCAGUCUUCUGACUUUUCUGGACCUGGAGGCAAGGCAAAGCCCAUCGCUUUUCUCGAGGCAGCAAAGACGGCUCGUUCCUUUUACGUUUUUCAGCCUCCAGAAACUCCCUAAGCACUGAAUCAGGUCUCUGUCCGUCUGGCAGAACGAGGGAACUCGAUACUUCGCUCGGAGGUGUUUGGGGGCCUUCUGUUGGCGGAAACGCACUUCGUGGUAAAGCGUGGAUUCUGACAGUCGUUAUCUCCUCUGUCACUGCUGCUCCUCGAACACCGACAUCGACGCUUCAGCCGAGACAGCGAGGCGGCUCGACUGCUUUCCGCGUGUCUCCGAGUUUCUGAGUUUCUGUCGCUGAGGCGCCCCACGCAUGCACCGACUCAGAAACGCGGCGAAAGCCACUGACUUCCAGCCUGUGGCUUUCUUCUCGAUCCAGCUCUCGCUGCUCUUCGCAGGAGCCUCCUCUUCGAAUUGAAACGCGAGAUGAAUCCCUCAGACCACACAGAGUCGCCAGGCCCCGGAGGCCGUCCCGGAGGCUCUCAGCUGAACUGGGGACUCUUUGAACAGUUUCUCUUGAUUGACUUGAAACCCACAGAAGCGGCGAUUUCUGCGCUGACUCUCGACGCGAAGCUGCGGAGUUCGUCUGCGUGGGCCGCGCUGUCUGCGGAGGGUCGAAGUCUCUCCGUGGACCAGAUUUUUUCUCUCGCUUCUGCGACUGGGUCGGAAGAAGAGCGCGCUACUUUCUCUCAUCUUUCCGCGGCUUUCCGCGUGUGCCCGGCCUUUCGAAAGUUGCAGGAGGCGCGACAGUUUGUCCUCACAGAGAGUCAGUUCACAGACCCAGAUUUGCCGAAGGGAAAUCGCGAGAAGUGGAAACCGAUCGUUGAGUUCUUCGGCAAUCUGUAUGCCCUAAGUGCCAGCUUCCUUCUCCCCAGCCCCUGCAGUUCUUCUUCUUCCUCUUCCUCUCCUUCUUGUUGUUCUCCGGACGCUUUUUCAAAGCGGGAGAACGACCGCGACUUGUCUUCUCCUUCGCUGUCACGCGAGUCUUCUUCUGUCUCUGCUUCUUCUGUCUCAAACAACCCUGCAUCGGCUGCGGUGUCUCCCAGAGAACACGGAAUCCUUGCCGGACGAAGGAUCUCUGCCGUCGAAAGGUUGAGGGAGAAAACAGACGUCAAUCUGCACAAACUGACGGACUUCUACUCGACCAUCCAAAAGGCUGCAAGAGCUUCAGCCAACGAAGGCUACGAUCCUCUGCCGGAGAUCCUGGAGAAAAUUCGGGAUUUCUGCGACAAACUCCAAAGCAAUGUCGACUCGUUUUUCUAUCCUUCUCAACUGCGCUUCGUCCUCGUUCUCCUCGAAUGCCCCUUCUACGAGGAAGACGGCAAUUUGAUUUCUCUCGUUGAACUUGUCCGAACUGUGAGCAUGCUGCAAGACGAAGCGAAACAGAUUCUGGUCAACUGGUAUGCGAAGAUCCCGGCUUCCGUUGUUCGCUCGCAUCUAGUCAACAUUCAACAGCUCAUCACUCUGCGUUUGUUAUCCUAUCCCGACAUGACGAGUUUGCGAGACGCGUUCGCGGCGCCUCUCCGACACGCUCUGCACACUCUUCACAUUCUGUACGUGGCGACGAAUCGGCGAGAAGAAGCGAGACGGAGAGCGCUGCCUUCGAGUCCGAGUUCCGGAGUUCGUUCUCCGACUUUCGCAUCCACUCGCGUCUCUGGAGAGGACAGUCCGAGGAGAGAAAGCAGAGAGGAAGACUCUGCGCCAGGGAAGAAGCGAGCUCCCGAAGUCGCCUUCCACGUGGAGAAGCGCACACGCACCGGGGCGGAUGGCGAGAGAGAAGGACGAGAAAACGAGGAAGAAGAUCCAAUCAGCUUCGAAGAAUUUCACAACGAUGCGAUAAACUCACAACACCAACUCCUCAGACACGAGUUCUCCCAGUGGCUCGACUGGCGCCGAUCGCUGGCCUCCAAGCAGAGACAGAACGGAGACGCCGGGGACAGUCAAGGCCCUCAGGACGCGUCGAGUUCCUCGGAAGAAAACGAAGAAGACUCGGGCGAAAUCCAAGACGUCAGAGGAGAACCGGAAACAGAAAACACACCAGAGAAGCACUCAGAAGUCACACAAAUCAAAGAUGCCGCCAACUCUUCAUCUUCUUCUUCAUCUUCUUCAUCUUCUUCAUCUUCAUCAUCAUCUUCUUCAUCUUCUUCAUCUUCUUCUACUUCUUCUCUCUUGUCUCCUGGGAGGGGGGAGAACAAAGAGAAGGUCCCCCGGUUUCGACACGCGGAGCUGUCCCUUCGGGAGGCGUACGCGCAAGAAACCGACUUUGCUUUGCUGCAGCAUCCUUUUGUUUUGGAUGCGGCGAACAAGGCGUCGGCGUUGAAGAGACAGGCUGCAGUCCAGCAGUUCCACCAGGCGCGACGCGUGGAGAUGGACGCCAUUUUCAGUCUCUUCACUGGACAAGAAACUCUAGACCGCAAUCCUUUCCUCGACAUCGUCGUGCGAAGAGAGCACAUCGUGCAAGACACGCUUUUUGAGAUCGAUCGUCGAAGUCGAGUUCCCAAUGCGUUGAAAAAGGCGCUGCGCGUGCGUUUCUCUGGAGAAGAAGGAGUUGACGAAGGCGGCGUGAAAAAGGAAUUCUUCCAACUUCUCGUCCAGGAGCUUUUCAGUCCUGGUUACGACAUGUUUUCGCACUGCGAAGAGAGUCGCCUGUGCUGGUUCAACCCAGUGUCGACGGAGGAGAUGGGGAACUUCCGGCUGAUAGGCGCUAUCUUCGGACUCGCCAUUUACAACGGAGUUCUCCUCGGUGUGAACUUCCCGUCUGUCAUCUUCAGAAAGCUCCUCGGCUGGCCCUCCGCCUCGCUCGGAGACUUGGCGGAGCUUCAGCCUGCCGUCGCCAGGAGUCUGCGUGCACUGUUGAGCGCGAGCGAGGAAGAUGUCGCGGCCAUGGGUCUGACUUUUUCUGUCGAACUUGAUCGCUACGGAGACCGCGUCGAGCUGCCACUGGGCACCCACGCCGUGAGCGACGAGGUCACUGUGGCCAAUCGGGAGGAGUACGUCCAGCUGUAUGUCGACCACGUUUUGAAUGUGUCGAUUGCUGAGCAGUACAGACACUUUGAGGAAGGAUUUCUUCGCUGUGUUGACGAAGCCACGAUUUCGCUCUUCAGACCCGAAGAACUGCAGCAAGUCAUUCUCGGCAGCGAAGAGGAGCUGAACUUCGACAAGUUAAGAUCGGCGACGUCGUACCAAGACGGCUACACGGCGGAGUCUCAGACCGUGCAAGACUUCUGGGCGGUUGCAGAUGCCCUUGACAGCGUUCAGAAGAAGAAACUGUUGAUGUUUGUCACAGGUUCCGAUCGCGUCCCCAUCAAAGGCCUGUCGAGUCUCAAAUUCGUCAUCGGUCGCAACGGCUCCGACACAGAUCGGCUUCCGACCGCCCACACGUGCUUCAAUUUUUUGCUGUUGCCGGACUAUCAAAAUCGCGAAAAACUGGAAAAGUUGCUGCAAAUCGCCAUCGAAAACUGCCAAGGGUUCGGUCUGCGCUGAUUUCAAAAAAGACGAAGAAACGAGCGCAGGGAAGCUCUUCGAUGGAGAACGGUCAGGAGCGAGGAGAAUCCAGAACAGGAAACGGGAGUGAAGAAAGUGAAAAAACAGUGGAAGCGAGAGGAAAGAAUGCGUGGGCGGACGGAUGUGCAACGCGGCUAUCCGCGUACAGAAAAAAAAACAGAAUCGACAUCUGUGUUUUUUUUGUAUCUAAUCAGAAGCCUUAGCCAGAAACACACGGGAGGGACUCUCUCCUCGCUGUCAAUUCACGUUCAGAUCCGAGGCUUGUAUAUGUAUAUCCGCAAUACAUAUAUAUAUAUAUAUAUAUAUAUACGUAUUUACGCGCGCUGAUAUGUUUAUACAUAUGACAUAUAUUUAUGUGGGUAUAUGUAUACGUGUAUAUUCAUUACUGUAUUUAUCUAUCUCGGUGUGUGCUUAUGCAUGGAUAUACAUGUGCCGACAGCCGCUUAUGUGAUGAGGUGCCUGUACGGCAUCUAAAGCAAAGAGAAGGAAGAGGGUUGCCCUCCGUUCAUGUCCUGAAUUUUCAGGUGUUCUGCACAAAAUGUUCACAUCCGCAGUUUGACUGAGGAAACACGCAUGCAUCGACAAAUGCAUUUUUAUUUUUUCUGUUUCAAUUUCUUCGGUUCGUCUCUUUAACCGUCAGCAGCCUUCUGAUUAAGCUGCUGUACCUCCACUGAUACAUGGACAAGGACACCUCCACAUCUUUAUACAUGUGUGCAUUUGACGAGACAUCUGUUUGCACAAUUGUAUGCAUGCAAGUAUGUAUUUCAAUCGAUCUAUAUCCAUCUAUAUAUUAUAUAUACAUAUAUAUAUAUAUAUAUAUAUAUAACUCUCUCUCUAGAUGCCUUGACGACAACAGCCUAUAAGACAAGUAUCUGCAUUUGUUACUGUGAGACUUGUACACCGUUUCCUCAUACAGUGCUCGUAGCUACCUUAUCCAACUUUAUAAAUGUUCUGGUGCAUUAUAUAUAUAUAUACAUACAUAUAUACAUCUUCAUGUGCAUGUACAUAGAUCGACAUUCGCAGGCAAAUGCAUAUAUGUACACUGUUGAGUGUGUGAGCUGGCACUUUGCUCGUCUCGCUAUCGCGGCGAUCAGGACUUUCCUAGGUGUUUUUUGAAAUUCGAGAGCAGUGUCGGGACUGCGCAGACGAGACGCUUGCAGUGACAAGGAUCAAGAUGCAAGCCGUAGAGGGACUGUGUUCUUCGCCGCCGCACUGGACAGUCGAAAGCGUACACUUCGCCUUCUGUUAAAAUGAGGAGUGCUUUUGGCUUUCCACUCAUCAGGCGGAGCGUGGAGUUCUUUUGUUGGGUUUGAGAAAAAGAUUUGCGUCUUCGCCCUCUGUCGACGAGAGAUUGUUCUUGUCACAGCGAGGCGACGGAAGUGGACUGGAGGAGACUCACAUCCACAGAGACUCAUGUCCGCCACGAUCCGAGGUGGAAGAGAGGCACUCGAAAAACGACCUGACAAACUCGAAAUGUGGAUUUCUUUCAUGUGAGCUCACCCGCUGCACAUUCGCACAACUGUCGGUCUACAUCUUUAUUUGAGUGUGUGUUUUUUCAUCUAGGUAGACGCGUGCAUUACACCUGGUGUAUGCAUUCAAUGUAGAGAAUGUGCAUUUCUGCGGAUAGACUUUCCUGUACUUCUUGAUCUGUACAUGGAUGCACACAGG